GAGACGAGAGAAGGGGUAGUUGUGGUUCUCUUUAAGUCUCAAAUAGCGGUCUCUCUGAGGAAUCAACACGAGGAAGAUUACUUUGUUUGUGUUCAGCAGAGCCUCUGCAUUUAUUUAGGCAAGUUUCUUGGUCGUCGGAUUCAUCGCCAUGGAGCUUUUGGGAUCGGAGUACUAGCCGCGGACAAAGCUGAGAUCGUGAUCCAGGAUGAGCGUGGGCACUCCGGGCUCAGGAGCGGCUCCUUGUCGCUUUGCCCACUACUUCGUGAUAUGCGGAAUAGACACAGAAACUGGUCUUGAACCGGACGAAUUAGCUGCUUUGUACCAAUGGCUAGAAGCAGAUCGGCAGGGCAGGAGCCCAGACGCUGCAAACGCAGGCGAGAACUUUGAGCAGAGCCCCCUCAAGAGGACCUUCAAGUCCAAAGUCCUCGCUCACUUCCCUGAGAACAUUGAGUGGAACCCCUUUGAUCAGGAUGCGGUCAACAUGCUCUGCAUGCCCAAAGGCCUGUCGUUCCGCACGCAGGCGGAGCCCCGCGAGCCGCGCUUCCACUCCUUCCUGAUCACGCGGGAGGACGGCUCGCGCACCUACGGCUUCGUGCACACCUUCUACGAGGAGGUGACAAGCGCGCCCAUCCGCGCCGCCAUGCAGACGCUCUACCAGAUGCACCACGCCGGCCACGCCGCCGCCGCCGCUUCCUCCUCGUCCUCCUCCAGCAUGGACUCACUGGCCAGUAGCCUGGAUGAGGGCGAGGGCGGGGCGGGGCCCCCGGCCCAGGCGCCGCCCCCCUGCGGCGGCUGCUCGGGCGCGUACGACGCCGCCCGCGACACGCUCUACGCCUCCAAGGCGCUGUGCCUGAUCACGCCGCUGCCCUUCAUGCACGCCUGCCGCCGCUUCCUGGCGCAGCUGCACCGCGCCGCGGCCGGGCCCCGCCCCCCGCCGCUGCCGCUGGAGAGCUACGUCCACAACCUGCUGUACGAGGUGCCCCUCCCGCCGCCGGGGCGGGCCCUCAAGUUCCACGGCGUCUACGAGCCGAUCGUGUGCCAGCGGCCGGGCCCCGGGGAGCUCCCGUUGGCCGACUUCCCCCUGGGAGACGCCUUCCAGCUGCUGGGGGUGGAGAACCUGGUGCAGCUCUUCACCUGCGUCCUACUGGAGAUGCAGAUCCUGCUCUACUCGCAAGAUUACCAGCGGUUGAUGACGGUCGCCGAGGGGAUCACCACCCUGCUCUUCCCCUUCCAGUGGCAGCACGUAUACGUGCCCAUCCUGCCCGCCUCCCUGCACCACUUCCUGGACGCGCCCGUGCCCUACCUGAUGGGCCUCCAGUCGAAGGAAGGGACCGACCGCUCCAAGCUGGAGCUGCCCCAGGAGGCCAACCUGUGCUUUGUGGACAUCGAUAACCACUGCAUCGAGCUGCCGGAGGAUUUCCCACAAUUCCCCAACAAGACGGAGUUCAUCCAGGAGCUGACGGAGGUGCUGCAGCGCUUCGGGCUGUCCCCGGAGGGCGCCACACCCGUUGGGCCAGGCCCCGCCCACCUGAAAAGCCUGGCUCUGCACGAGCUGGUGGACGACCGGCGGAACGGGAACCUGGGGGGCGAGGCGCUGGCCGUGCUGGAGCGGCUGCAGGCUCUGACCAAGCGCACGGGCGUGGCGGUGGAGGGGGUGGAGACGCUGGGGCGGGCGGGCCACAGGGGCGACGCCCCGGGGCGGACCCCCGAGGAGGAGGAGGAGCUGAGGGACGCCAAGCUCAACGUGCAGCUGCGGGAGGUGUUCGCCAGCCGCUUCACCGCCAUGUUCGCCGACUACGAAGCCUUUGUCAUCCAGGGAGCCCAGGACCUGGAGUCCUGGCUCACCAACCGCGAGCAGAUGCACAACUUCGACAAGGCCUCCUUCCUGUCGGACCAGCCCGAGCCCUACCUGCCCUUCCUGUCGCACUUCAUCGAGACGCAGAUGUUCGCCACCUUCAUCGACAACAAGAUCAUGUCGCAGUGGGAGGAGAAGGAGCCGCUGCUGCGCGUGUUCGACGCCCGCGUCGAGAAGGCCCGCCUCUACAGCGGCCGCGCCCCCAGCCUGCGCUCCUCCCACUACCAGAGGUGCACCAAUCUGAAGGAGGCAGCCCAGGCCAUCGAGCAGAGGCUGAUGAAGAUCGACCACACGGCCAUCCACCCCCAUCUGCUGGACAUGAAGAUCGGGCAGGGCAAAUAUGAGCAGGGCUUCUUCCCAAAGCUACAGGCGGACGUGCUGGCCACAGGGCCAACCAAUAACAAGUGGGCAAGUCGCACGGCCACAGCCCAGCGCAGAAAGGACCGUCACAGGCAGCACAACGAACAUCUGGGCCUGGACAAUGACCUGAAAGAGAAGUACAUGCAGGAGGCGCGGAGCCUGGGGAAGAGCCUGCGGCAGCCGAAACUGUCGGACCUCUCCCCCGCCGUCAUCGCCCAGACCAACUGGAAGUUCGUGGAGGGUCUGCUGAAGGAGUGUCGCAUGAAGACCAAGCGUAUGCUGGUGGAGAAGAUGGGGAGGGAAGCGGUGGAGCUGGGCCACGGCGAGGCGAACAUCACGGGCCUGGAGGAGAACACCCUCAUCGCCAGCCUCUGUGACCUGCUGGAGAGGAUCUGGAGCCACGGCCUGCAGGUCAAACAGGGUAAGUCUGCCCUGUGGUCCCAUCUACUGCACUACCAGGCGAGGGAGGAGAAGCUGGAGCAGCAGGCGGACUCACCGGUUUCCAACGGGCAGGAGAGGCGGAAGUCAGACACAGGGAUGGCCCUGCCGCCUCUGAAGGUGUCCGUCACACAGGACAUGAGACAUAUUCAGAAUAUGAGUGAGAUAAAGACAGAGGUCGGCCGAGCCCGGGCCUGGAUCCGCCUGUCUUUGGAGAAGAAGCUGCUCUCUCAGCACCUCAAACAGCUGCUGAGCAACCAGGCCUUAACCAAAAAGCUGUAUAAGCGGUAUGCGUUCCUCCGGUGUGAGGAAGAGAAGGAGCAGUUCCUGUUCCACCUCCUCUCCCUCAACGCUGUGGAUUACUUCUGCUUCACCAGCGCCUUCACUAAAAUUAUGAUCCCGUACCGCGCUGUCAUUAUUCCGAUCAAGAAGCUGAGCAACGCCAUGACCACCUCCAACCCCUGGGUGUGCGUCUCGGGCGAGCUGGGCGACUCGGGCGUCAUGCAGAUCCCCAAGAACGUGCUGGAGAUGACCUUCGAUUCUGCUUUCAGGCCUCAUCACACCCACAUCUCCACAGUGUUCAAGUGUCAGAAUCUGGGCAAACUCACCACUGUUCAGCUGGGCCACGAUAACUCGGGGCUGCUGGCCAAGUGGCUGGUGGACUGUGUGAUGGUCCGCAACGAGAUCACCGGACACACGUACAAGUUCCCUUGCGGCCGCUGGCUGGGGAAGAGCGUGGACGACGGCAGUCUGGAGCGGAUCCUGAUUGGUGAGCUGGUGGUGCCGAGCGCGGAGGAGCAGGAGGGCAAGCAGUGCCGGACGCCGCCCAUGCUGCGCUCCCCCUCCCAGAUCAGACGCAUCAGCAUCACCUCGCAGGGUGGGCGGGGCGGCAAGCCAAACGUCGUUCAGAUCCAGGAGUCCAUCGGAGAGGCGGUGAAUAACAUCAUCAAGCACUUUCACAAGCCGGAGAAGGAGAGAGGGAGCCUCACCGUGCUGCUGUGUGGCGAGAGCGGGCUGGUUGCCGCCCUGGAGCAGUUCUUCUAUCACGGCUUCAAGUCCUCGCGCCUCUUCCAGAAGACCGUCUUCGUCUGGGACUUCGUGGAGAGGGCCGCGGCGUACCUGGACACCGCCGAGCAGAUUGGCGACCUGCAGGAAGCGCCGGAGCCCCUGGGCCCCGCCGGCGAGACCUUCUGCCGCUACGUGGGCGGCAUCAACGGCACACCGCGCAGCAUCGGCAAGGACGGCAAGUUCCAGCUGCUGGUGUGCCUGGGAGCCAGGGACCGCCUGCUGCCCCAGUGGAUCCCCCUGCUGGCAGAGUGCCCCCUGGUGGCGCGCAUGUAUGAGGACACCGCCCUGCUGCGCGACCGCGCCACCGUCAACUCGCUGGUGGGCGUCCUGCAGACGCUGCACGACUUCAGCAUCACCCUGGAGUCCUCCCUCAUCAAGGGCAUCCGCCUAUAGCCGCCGGGGACGCUGGGAAAUCGCACGGACUUCGGGCACAGCCCCUCCCCACUCCCCUCCCAUGACCGCCACCGCCAUCAUCAGGCCCGUAGCCACUGCAGAAGACAGACCAACACUG